AUGGCACACUGCCUACCCGAAACGAAAAUCGUGUUCUACAAGACGCACAAAACGGGAAGUUCCACGAUCCAGAACAUCAUGCUGCGAUACGGCAGAAACCGCAAGCUGAACUUUGCUCUGCCCGCAAUUGCAAACCAAGUAUUUCCUGAUGGGGAGCAUCCCUUCGAUGAAGUCGCCAGGCCUGAGGGAAAAAAGAGUGAUAUCUACUGCUUCCACACGAUUCCCUACGACGAAGAGAUCAUCCGAUCGGUGAUGAAAGAAACCCCCAAGUGGGUGACAGUGAUCAGGCAACCGAAGGAGCUCUUCGUUUCCUUUUACAAAUAUUUUGACUUAGAAAACGAAUUGCAACUAAGCAUGAGCGACUUCGUCAAUCUCUAUCGGACUCGUCAGGAUUUUCUCCCCAAGAAUAUGUCGCUCUACGGCCCAAAUCAGAUGCUUCGAGAUUUCUCCUUUCCCUCCCAGAAGAUGAACGAUACAAGCGCUGUGGAAGAGUUUGUGAAGGGCUACUUGGACAGAUUAUUCGAUCUGGUGAUGGUAGUCGAGUUCAUGGAUGAAUCCUUGAUCUUAUUACGGGAUCUGUUGUGCUGGGAUCUUGAGGACAUCGUAUACCUGCCUAUAAAUCGACGGAUGAAAGGGGGGGAAGAAGACGAGGAUUUGGCAUUGCUGGAGCAGAUCAAGGAAAUCAAUCGCGGAGACGAGAUCCUGUACUCCUACUUCAGAGAAAAACUCCUUGCUAAAAUCGAGGAUUACGGGAAGGAACGAAUGGCGGAAGAGGUGAGGAAGCUGACGGAGUCGAGGGAAGCCUGGCUGAAGGCAUGCCAGUUUCAAUCCCGCCCCUGGUACGACCUGCCGGAAGAAUAUCGCCCUUAUGGAGACUCCUGGGGCUAUUCGAUGGGGGAAAACCUGCCGGAUACUUACAGGUCCAAGUGCGAAUCUCUCAUCUUACCAGAGUUACAAUUCAUUGAAGUCAUCCGGGCAGAGCAACGACUAAGGAAUGGCCAGAGGGGUGAGAUCUGGUGA